AUGAAUAACGAUAUUGAUGUACGUGUGGAUGAAACUGUGAUUCGACAAGGUGAUCGAGUUGUAGAAGUUGAUUAUGUAUAUACAGAAACUCGUAAGAAUGGUGAUCAA